AUGCCGCCAUCAACAAGAGCUGGACAGAUGGGAAGGGGCGAUGAUGAUCAAACAACCACAGGCAACAGACAGGAGGAAGGAUGGCUCAUGCAGGUAGUCAGGAUCCUCCAGCUGGCGAACCCAGCACUAACGGCCGAGGAAGCGAUCGUGCGAGCUAUGGGCCUCAUCAGCAUUAGCAACCAGACCCUGCGCAGGGAGACUGAGAAGAUCCCCAAGGAGGUGUCGAGCGCCAUUGUGCACAUCAAAAAGCUCAGCGACAGCAACUGGCACACUUGGGAACCUACCUUCAUUGACUGCCUCCAAAGAGUACAUAAUGCGAAGGAGAUACUGUAUGGCACGGUGGCGCCUGGAAACGAGGAAUACGACGAAGACUUGGAUAAAGCCCUCAUGGGCCUCAUCCAUGCCUGCUGCGACAACAGUCCAGACAGCUGUAUCGACACCUACACCAUCAGGGGAGCGGAUGAAGAAGUCCAGCUCGGUAGCACACUCUAUGCCAAACUCAAGAAGGCACUAACACUGAAUGACGCUGUAAAGCGAGCAGGACUGCAGGAUCGUAUUCACACAGUGCGCUUGCACAAUCGAGACGUUGUCAGGCUAGGCAAGGAACUUGAUUCGAUCUGGAACAAUGCAGCAUGCCUGGGAAAGCAUUUUGACGAGGACCUCAAGAAAUCAACUCUCUAUCGCUGCACGGCCCAAGAUUGGUUCUAUGCCAAUGCCGUUGACGCACUGAAGAUGGCCAGACCAGACUGUAAGUAUGAUGAAGCCUACCAUGCACUCGCCAAGAAACAGCAGGAUGGUGAGGUCACUGGCCAUAUUAGAGGAGCAGCAAGGGUGGCCACAAGCAUGGAACAGGGGAGCACCAACCAGGCAGAGCAAGGACCCAGGGGCAGGCACAAUCCUCACAACCCCUCGGCCCCCCCAAAGUGCUAUGCUUGUGGAGGACCUAAUCACAUUGCUCGGAACUGUACAAACACCAACAAUAACCCCACACCAAGUAGGGACGGACCCACCACCAAUCCAGCACAAGAAGCGAGUCGCGGGGAUGAGCAACCAACAUCGGACACCUGGAUUGUUGAUUCGGGUGCAAUGCACCACAUGGUGAAUGAUGAAAGAAUGCUGCUCACCUCGACGCGCAAGGACAGUCAGAUCUGUAUGGCUGGAAAUGAAAGGCUUCAAGUGAAGGCCAUAGGAGAUGCCUCCCUUCGGGUUGGCGAUGUAACCAUUCAGCUAUUGGAUGUGCUCUAUGUGCCGAAACUUAAUUCUAAUUUAUUAUCAGUACAAGGCUUGAUCGAGAAUGGUGCAUGGGUAACUUUCGAUGAGUUUGGAACCAUCAUUAAGCAAAAUGACAGCACACAAAUACAAUACAAGAGGAACAGAAGAAAAGGGUGGUUCGAAGUACAGGGAAAGGCACUAGCCCUAGCCCUAGCCGCUCGAGAGCAACGCACUGUUCGAGAGCAACGCACAGCUCAAGAGCAACACACAGCUCAAGAGCAACGCACAGCUGGAGCAACGCAAUCUGAGAAGCGCAAUCUCAUCAGCGAACUGCUGGACAGCGCACACUCUGUCGGAGCAGCACAAUUGAGAGCAGCGCAAUUGAGAGGAGCGCAAUCGAGAGGAGCGCUCACUCUGCUGGAGCAGCACAAUCGACAUGAGCGCAAUCAAGACGAACGCAAUCGACAGGAGCGCAAUCGAGAGGAGACCAAUCGACAGGAGUGCAAUCGACCGGAGACCCAUCGACAGGAGCGCAAUUGA